AUGGUCUACUAUAUAUACCUGCAGUGUGCGGUAUUUUACAUAGCUCUAUGCCUAUCGUUAUCCAAUCUGUAUCGAUUGAAAAGUUUUUGA